AUGGCAAAGGCAUUUUACGCGGUGGGGUUCUGGAUCCGGGAGACCGGUCAGGCCCUCGACCGCCUCGGCUGCCGCCUCCAGGGGAACUACUUCUUCCACGAGCAGAUCCCUGAUCAAGCUCAUGAAUUUGUAUUCCCUCUUCAUGUCACACUCUGUAGAUGGAUAAAAUGUGUAUCCAUCUUUUCAAGGCAUCGCACACUUAUGAACAUCUUUGACAAAGCCCCUCAUGUUCACAAAGAGGCAUUUGUCGCUCCAAGUGCAUCCCUUAUUGGCGAUGUUCAAGUUGGACAAGGGUCUUCAAUUUGGUACGGCUGCGUCUUAAGAGGUGAUGCAAAUAACGUUCAAGUUGGAUCUGGGACGAAUAUACAGGACAAUUCUGUUGUGCAUGUGGCAAAAUCUAAUCUAACUGGGAAAGUCUUUCCAACCAUCAUUGGAGACAAUGUCACAGUAGGACAUAGUGCUGUAUUACAAGGAUGCACUGUUGAGGAUGAAGCUUUUGUUGGUAUGGGAGCAACCCUGUUAGAUGGUGUUAUUGUGGAAAAGCAUGGGAUGGUUGCUGCUGGAGCCCUUGUGUGGGGUGGAAACCCUGCGAAAUUUCUGAGGAAGCUCACAGAUGAGGAGAUUGCUUUUAUUGCGGAAUCGGCUGCCAACUACUCCAACUUAGCCAAGGCACACGCUGUUGAGAAUGCCAAGCCCUUGGAAAAGAUUGAUUUUGAGAAAGUGUUGCGCAAGAAAGUAGCUCACCAGGACGAGGAAGACGAUUCCAUGCUUAGUGGCACUCGAGUGGUCCCUCCAGAGCUAGCGCCACCCAGCUCUACCCCUGCUCAAUAA